AUGGCCGUCAAGUGGAUCGUUGUGCUGUGUUUAUUUGUUGUGGUAGUGAGCUGUCGUUUUGUGGAUAUGCCUGCAAGGGACUUUCCAUCGGAAAGAAGGGACAAGGAAUUAUUUGGUCCUAAUCCAGACAUUUUUGCGGAAGAGCCUCACGGUGAUCUUGGAAGGAGAGUGUAUCGCAAGACUAAUGUUCCUGUGCAUCCAUCGACGGUUAGAGUGAAAGAUAGUGAUGUGCCUCGUAUAGAAGAUCGUUUUGCAGUUAGGGGUGGUAAUUGUCCAGCCGGUUAUGUAGCUAGAGGUGGAUUUUGUUUCCCAGAUUACGAUUAA